AUGUGGAGGUAUUUGACAGCAAGAAAUAUUUAUGAAAACUUAGCACCUUCAGGGAAAAAUACAUUGCAAAAUGCCUUAAUAAAUAUUAGAAUUAAAUUAGAUAGCCCAUAUAUUCGUGAAUUAGCAUAUAGUAAAUUAGCUUCAUGUUAUCAAAGAAAAGGGGAAUCAGUAGGUGAAUUCAUUAAGAGAUUAAUUCCGCUUGUUAAUUCAACAUCUUCGGAUGUCACAAAAGAAGUAAAGGAAGAAACUCUCUGUAGAUGUUUUAUUGAGAAGGUCAGGCCGGAAUACCAAAGGUCUUUACAAUUAAUUGCUCCAUUGAUUGGAAGGAAAUGUUUUGACAAACUCGCAACGUAUGUUCAAGAAUUAGAAAUAAAUUUUAGAAGUACAGAAACUAGUGAAGAAAAUAUACAAUUAAUACAAGGAAAUGAAUCAAGUUGGAUACAAAGUACUUCAAAUAAUACGCAGCAAUAUACUUAUGAAAACAACGCUUCGGCAAGUACACCUAAAUUUAGCUCUGAACAUGAGCAAUAUGAUUAUGAACAACAUGUAAUUGAAAAUAAGGACGAUGAAUACAAGGAAUAUGAUUGCAUUGAGGAGUUGAAAAACGAAAUAGAACAAAUGAAAGAAAUGAUUAAUAACCUGUCUGAACAAAUUAAUGAAUUGAAAAUGGAUGGAAAUUAUUAA